UGUAGAUUGUCCCUAUGUGACUCCCCUCUGCGGAAUGGAGGCCUCUCCCAGCCUCCUUUGCCGGAGUCUCCAAGCAUUCGCGGUCCUGCAGUGGGUCUUCUCCUUCUUGGGACUGGGCUCCGUGUGCCUGGUGGCCCUGCUCCUGGCUCUCCUAGGCCGGGCCUGGGUCCUGGUUGUCUUUUACCUGAUCUGGCUCUAUGGAGACAGAAGCACACCCAGGGCUGGCGGCCGGCGCUCAGCCUGGGUCCGCAACUGGGCCAUCUGGAGACAUUUCCGUGACUACUUCCCCAUAUCGCUAGUCAAAACCGCAGAGUUGGACCCCUCCCGGAACUACCUCUUUGGCUUCCACCCUCACGGAGUCCUGGUGGUGGGGGCCUUUGGCAACUUCUGCACCGAGGCCACAGGUUUCUCCCGCCUCUUCCCUGGCCUCAGGCCACACCUGCUCAUGCUGCCCUGCUGGUUCCAAAUCCCUAUCUUCCGGGACUACAUCAUGACCAGCGGAUUGGUCUCCUCUGACAAGGCCAGUGUUUCCUAUCUGUUGUCCCGUCCUGGGGGCGGCCAGGUGGCCGUCCUGGCCGUGGGAGGGCCCCUGGAAGCGCUGGAGGCAAAACCCGGAGCCUUGAGCUUGCGGAUUCGGAAGCAGAAGGGAUUCGUCAAGGUGGCCCUGGAACACGGGGCCUCGCUGGUGCCUGUCUUCUCGUUUGGGGAGAAUGAGCUCUUCCGGCAGUUCCCGAACCCCCGGGGCUCGUGGGUGCGGAGGGCGCAGGAAGCGCUGCAGUCACUGCUGAGCGUGGCCCUGCCGCUGUUCCACGGCCGCCUGGGCCUCCUGAUGCCCUUCCGCUCGCCCAUCCACACCGUCGUGGGUGCAGCGAUCCCAGUGCAGCGAAGCCCGCGGCCCAGCCGGGCGCAGGUGGACGCGCUGCACACGCUCUACGUGGAGCGCCUCACGCAGUUGUUUGAGGAGCACAAGGAGCGCUAUGGAGUCCCCGCAGACAGGCACCUCGUCCUCACUUAGGCGCGCCCUGCUGGCCCUGCCUUUUCCCCUCGGUGACCGCAGGUGGGGGAGUGGAAUUAAAAAUUGGAACAGA